GAGAGAGAGCUGUAGGACUACCAGAUCUUCUCUGGUGAAGUGUGUUUCCCGAAAUGAUCAUCACCAUGGACAAGAAGAGGUCGUCACUGAAAGCAGGAUCGCUCCUGCUCCUGCUGCUGCUGGUGUCAGAUCUACUCUUGUGCAAGAGUGUGGCCUCCCUUCCCAUCUGUCCAAGUGGGGCUGUCAACUGCCAGGUGUCCCUCCGAGAACUGUUUGACCGCGCGGUCAUCCUGUCCCACUACAUCCACAACCUCUCCUCAGAAAUGUUCAACGAAUUCGACAAACGGUAUGCCCAGGGCCGGGGCUUCGUUACCAAGGCCAUCAACAGCUGCCACACUUCUUCCCUCUCUACCCCUGAAGACAAGGAGCAAGCCCAACAGAUCCAUCACGAAGACCUUCUGAACCUGAUCCUCCGAGUUUUGCGCUCCUGGAACGACCCUCUGUAUCACCUCGUCUCAGAAGUGCGCGGUAUGCAAGAAGCCCCGGAAGCUAUCCUGUCAAAAGCCAUAGAGAUUGAGGAGCAAAACAGACGACUUCUAGAGGGCAUGGAGAAGAUAGUCGGCCAGGUUCAACCCAGAAUCAAAGAAAAUGAGGUCUACUCUGUCUGGUCAGGACUUCCAUCCCUGCAGAUGGCUGACGAGGACAGUCGCCUUUUUGCUUUUUAUAACCUGCUCCACUGCCUACGAAGAGAUUCACAUAAGAUCGACAAUUAUCUCAAGCUCCUGAAGUGCCGAAUCGUCUACGAUAGCAACUGCUAAGCCCACAUCCAUUCCAUCUAUUUCUGAGAUGGUUCUUAAUGAUCCAUCCCAGAGCAAGCUUCUUUUAGUUUUAUAGCUUUCUAAUGCAUGCUUGGGUGUAAUGGGUCUCAUCUUAAAAAAUAAAAACUCACUCCUUAGAGAUGUCAAAAUCUAAAAA